CCACAUUUUAAAAUUGCAUUGUUCCCUUACCAAAACUACUCAAUUCCAUCACAUAAAUACAUUCAUGUCAUGUUCUCUUAUCAAAUUCUUCCUUAAAUCUUUGUUCGGAUACAAGACAAAGAAUUAAUGGACAUGUCUCAAACUUCCCAACAGAAAUCAGCAGCUAGGUUUCAAAAGGUUUAUGCAAUGUUUACGCAGCCAUUUCAUGUUCUAACAAUCACCCUUUUAAGCAUAUUGCUUCCUCUUUCAUUUCUUCUCUUGGCUCGACUCUCUACUUACACUUAUCUACUAACCUCGGAUCCUACGGAGCCCGAAUUACGCUCUUCUUUUCUCUUCUUUCUUGUGCUACACGGCAACCCAGCAAUUCUGUAUCUUCUUGUUUCAAUCUUUAGUAUAGCCGCUCUUCUUCAUGGCUUGACAGGUAAAUUUAACCUAAUAAACUACGAGUCAUCGCCCGGUGGCGAAUCUAAACGACACCGUUUAUACAGCGCAUGGAUUCUACUAUGCACUCUACAAGUCUGUGUUGGGUUAGGUGUUGAAGGAAGCAUAGCAGCUGGAAUUGGUGGGCAUAGUUUUGAUAUUCAGAAAAGUUUAUUGAGUAAGAUUAUAUUUUUCUUGGGUCUGCAUGAGACUACGCUUUACUGGUCAAGAACUGUGGUUAAACCGGUGGUUGACGAUACAAUUUUCGGGUUUACUAGAGAUGAAAAGCUGGUUCAAAGGGUGUGUAUAGCUAUGAGUUUGGGUGGUUUAUGGUGGUGGAGAUUGAGAGAUGAAGUUGAAUCUCUAGUAAUUGUUGCAGAGAUGAAGAGGGAGAUGUUGAUGGAGGUAGAUAUGGCGGAUUUGCUUGGUUGGUGGCUUUAUUAUUUAACGGUAACAAUUGGUAUGGUGAGAAUUGUUAAAGGAAUAAUGUGGGUGAUGAUGAUUUUGCUUUGUAAAAGGGUAAGAGUUAGGAAUAAUAAUAAUAAUUCUUCUGGUCUUUGUGAGGUUGAUGACAAGGUCUGAAUUACUAUUUUUUAAAGAAAUUAAAUUUCUAUAUUCUUCUAUGAUUUGCAAUUUUAUUAUAUUUUGGUCAAUGGGUAAUGAUGUAUUACUGAUUUUCUAUCUUGUAAUUAAUUAAAUUUGUAUUAGUGAAGUUGUAUUUUGAUUUCUUCAACUGUAUUAAAAAACUUAUAGUCAACUGUACCAAAGUUUUCUUCUUCUUAA